AUGUGGGCGACCAGGCUGCUCCGCGGCCUCCGGCCGCCUGUCCGCCGCCUCUCCAGCGUGCAGGUGUUCGAUCGGCGGCUGAAGGCGUGGCAGCGCGACGCCGCCGCCGCCGCAUCGGACUACGACCGCUACGCCUACCUGCGCGACGAGGUCGCGAACCGGCUGGUCGAGCGGCUCGACGACAUCCACGAGUCCUACUCGUUUGCAGAGGUGGUCGACCUGGGCUGCGGGUCCGGCCACGUGCGGCGCGCGCUCGGCGCCCUCGGCAACGACCGCGGCAUCCGGCGCCUCCGUGAGAUCGACUGUUCCGCGCGGAUGCUGCGCCGCUCUGCGGACGACGCCGCCGGGCCGUCGCCGCCGGUGCACGGGGCGGAGGGCACGCCGUUCGAGGUGGAGCAGGCGUGCCUGGACGAGGAGGAGGUGGUCCUCGAGCGCGAGUCGGUCGACCUCGUCGUCUGCUCGAUGGCUCUCCACUGGAUCAACGACCUGCCGGGCACGCUCAAGAUGGUGCGGCGCGCCCUCAAGCCGAACGGGCUCUUCCUGUGCGCCUUCCUCGGCGGCGAGACGCUGGCGGAGAUGCGGUCCGCCUUUGUCCUCGCCGAUCUCGAGCGGCGCGGCGGCGUCUCGCAGCACAUGUCCCCGCUCGUCUCGAUGGCGGACGCUGGAGCGCUGCUGCAGGCGUCGGGCCUCGCUCUGCCGACGGUGGACACCGAGACGAUCGUGAUCCACUACCCGGACGCGUGGACGCUGUGGCACCACCUCCGCUCGAUGGGCGAGUCCGCCGCCAACCUGCAGCGCUCCGCGGUCGGCCUCGACCCGCUCCUCGCCGCCGCCUCGGCCUACGGCGAGAUUUACGGCGACGAGGAGGGAAACGUGCCCGCCGCCUUUCAGGUGGUGUACCUGAUCGGGUGGGCGCCGCACGAGUCGCAGCAGCGACCCCUCUCGCGCGGCAGCGGCCAGAUCUCGCUCAAAGAGCUCGGGCUGCCCGCGGACGAGUCGGGGCCGCUCCCGCUCGACGAGCCGCCGCCGCUGCCGCUCGGCAAACCCGGCCGAUUCGCCGUGCCCUGGCUAGAUCAGGGCGAAUGGUCGCACGGCGUGUGGCUUGCGCACCGCAUUUUUGGCGUGUUGGCCAUAGCGGUGCUGCUCGUGUGGGCUUGCCUCUUCCUGGAGGCGCUGUCGCUGCGGCGCGCCUUCCUGCUCGCCGGAGGCGCGACCGGCGCCUGCGGGCUGUGGCUCAUUGGGUGGGUUGGAUGGCUGAUCAAGCCGUCGGUCACGUUCGCCGAAAAGUGCGACUUUGCGCUGCGUGACCUCGCCCAGCUGCAGCACCUCGCGAUGGGCCUGCUCCUGGCCGCGGCCGGCGCCGCCGAGGUCCGCUUCGCGCAGGCGCUGCUCACGCUCCCGCGCCGACGCGCCGACGCGCUGCUCUGGCCGCACCUUUUGUGGGGCCUCUGCGUCGGCUGGGUGGGACUCCUGUUCCUCGGCCACCCGCAGGUCGCCCUCGAAGCCUCACCCCAGCCUCCUCGUCACCGGCGAUCGCUCUCACCCGCGGCCCUCCCCCCGCAGCUCGACGACGACGACGCGGCGCGCCACCUCAAGCUCGGGCUCGGCCUCCUCCUCGGCGCCUCUCUCCUCGCGCUGCAGAAGCGGCGAGGCCUCCUCGACGGCGAGAUGGCCCUCCUCGACCUGCCGAUGCUCGCCGCCGCCGCACUCGCCUUCGGAGUCGCCGCCUUGCAGCUGCUCACCUUCCCCGCCCCGCCCGUCGGAACAACCGCCAACAGCACCCUCCCGGAGCCGGCCGCCUCGCCGCUCGCUCGCCCCGGCCCGCCGCUCCCCCGCCACAUCGGCGCGACGAGCAGCUGCGGCUGGCUCGGGCGCAGGGCGGCCCUCUGCGGCGUCUGGCUCGGCGCGGCGUCGCUCGCUCUCUCGCUGUGCGUCGCCGCCCGCAAGGGCGUGGAUUGGUGGCGGAGAAGGCGGCGCGGACCGCUAUCAGGAAACCGCGGCACGGCGUGCGAGUCGGAGGGCAUACGCGCCGCGGCCGACGACUCGUUUUGCUCUUCGGCGGAGUCCAGCCCGAUGCGACCUCGCGGCGCGGUGUGCGAGAGCCGUCACAAGUGA